AUAAUAAAAUGUGAAAGAUGCAUUUAACUACAGUAAUAAACACCCAUGAAACCAGAUACAUAAUAUUAUACAAAAGAAAGCUAAUCUGCUCGCUCAAUCAAGGCUUAGUUUUUUGUUUCGUUUAGCUAAAACAAUUUCGUGUAUUAUCGAUGCUUGAUAAGAUUUCGGCAUAUGAAUUGGACAAUCGGAGACGUUUUGUCGACCAAGGCAUAUUUUUGUACUAUCUUGCUUUGUUUGUCUAAAGAUCCUUUGUUCAUGAUUACAAGCGAAAUAGUUUUUAUCUGAUUCUGUAUUUUAUUAGCAUAUCUGUAGACAUGCGCUGUUAUCUUCAUGGAUCUAGAAAGUAAAUUAUUUAGUAAAAAACAUUUUUAAUUGAGAUUUUUCACCUUCGUGCCUUGUUUUUAACUUUGGUUUAUUCUUGAAUCUGCUUACGUUGAUUAUGUCUGUUCGGGUUUGUUGCGUUCAAAUGGCUCCAAAAGUUGGAGAUGUAAAAGCGAAUGUGAACAAAAUGACCGCAUUCGUCGAUGAGAUUAUGAGGAAAGAAGCAGUCGACAUGAUUAUUUUUCCAGAGUUGGCUACCUCAGGAUAUGAGUGUGGGGACGCUUUCAUCGAUCUAGCAGAAUACGCUGAGACUAGUGUAUCCAUUCAGUCUAUGUGCAAAGUCGCAAAACAAUACUCUGUUCAUAUUGUGUUUGGAUUCCCAGAACGACAAAGUGAGGAAAGGAAAGGAUUGUUCAAUUCCUGUGUCUACGUUAAUCCCGACGGACACGCCUGUGGAACCUAUCAAAAGGUCCACUUGUUUAAUUUAGAAAGAGAGUACUUUUCCCAUGGGAAACAGUUUCCCAUUUUCAAUACUCCUUUUGGAAAAAUGGGAAUUUUGAUUUGCUGGGAUACUGCAUUUCCAGAGGCCGCUCGAAUGUACUCGCUACAAGGAGCAGACUUUUUGGUCAUAAGAUCCAAUUGGGAGAAACCCUACGAGGAUGACUGGGAUCUGGCAGUGAGUGCUAGAGCUUUGGAUAAUUGUAUACCGAUCGCAGCAGCAAACCGCGUAGGCAAAGACAAAAGUCUUGCUUUUUUCGGCCAUAGUCGAAUCAUCGGUCCUACAGGAAAGGUCCUGAGGAGUCUUGACCAAGAUACUGAAGGCUACAUUACUGCGGAGUUGGACUUGAAUGAGUCUAAGCGUCUCCGACGAGAAUACUACACCUUUUUCAAUGAUCGUAAACCAGAAUUGUACACGGGACUAACAAAUUAGCUUCCUAUGAAGCGUAUCAUACAAUAAAUUCGUAAAGUAACCUCAAUAAAAAUGAGC